UGUACAAUAGUGUAAUCAUUUUUUUUUGUUUUAUAAAAUAUUUAAAUUGAAAUUAGUAAAAUAAAUGAGGAUUUGGAAAUUAAAUUUGACUUGAUUUUUUAUUUUUUAUUUUGUAAUUUCUUUUGAAUUAAUAUCAAUUCAAGUUCCAGUUUGUAUUUUGAACCAACUGAAAACUUCAGUCGGGGGUUAAAAUUUUCAAGUUUUGUCUUAUUUUAAUCCAUAUUCUGUAUGAAUUAUUAAUACAAUCCAUGCCUCUUUGGAAUAGUGACAAAAUGAAUAUUUUUAGUUUUGACUGCGCUGUAAAUGCAUCUGUAAACUGUACGUCAGAGUAGACGCUCCCUAAACAAAGACAGAGGCUUAAUGAAGAUGCUAGUGACCAGGAGGACUGGCAUGGAGGCAGAGGGAGCGGCGUGAGGGAACACCCAGCGAUGAGCAGGAGGAGGAUACAAAGGAAGCUGAUGUCAUUUUUUCAUCGAAGGAACCAAUGAGAAAAGAGAGGGAGGGGGAGAGGGGGCUCAUGGGCAGAGCUUCAAAGGGUGUGUUUCAUGUACCACUGCAGAAAAAAGAAAAAAAAAAACCUCACACAAGGCGGAAGAACAGUCAAGAGGCUGUGGAUGAGACAGGAUCAGGGACGGGGACAAAGGAAGAUGGAGGAUUACCCUUAAAAAAUGAUCAACUGGAGAACCAGCAACUGCAAAGCCGACACCUGAGCAUGAGACGGUGGUGCUGAGCAAGAAACUCUCACUUUAAACCGCAAAGCGAGUCCCAACCCCCCUAACCCACCCCCCACUCCUCCUCCCAGUUUCAGUCACGCCGCUGCUUACUUCUUUGUACCACGUCGGGGACUUCCUGGAUCGUGUGCUUGAUUUGGCGCAGAAGCCAGAGCGGAGUGUGGUUUCAGCACUAAUGAGUGCGGGGGUGUCUGCUGCGAGUUGGAUGGGAUACUGAAAGAUGUGUGUGCCUCAGCAUCGCUGGAGGGGCUAUUGGGGGCGGGGCUCCCCACACCUCCCUCUCAUUCUACUCCUUUCUUUGUCCUUCCUGCUCCCCAAGCGCCCGUUUGCUGACGGAGCCAUUCACAUCCCAAAGCAUUAUAAAGUACAGAAUCUUUUACAGCCUCCACAGAUCACAAAGUUUCCAAAAUCGAUCACCGUCUUUUCUCAAGAGGACGUCGACCUGCACUGCAAUGCGUUUGGUGACCCCACACCCUCCAUCCGAUGGAGAAAAAAUGGAGUCGAAUUUGGAACAGAACAUUCAGGAUCUGGAACUCUGCAAACGACAGCAGAGGAGGCCGUGGAGAACUAUACAGGAAACUACCGCUGCUACGCGUCCAACAUCCUGGGGACGGCCAUGACGCAGGAGGUCAAGGUCAUCGUGGAAUCGAGUCCUGUUAUUCCAAAGCGAAAAAAGCAGAGUAAAAAAGCCUUCGAAGGCGAGAGCAUCGUCCUGACCUGCAACCCUCCACAGAGUUCCAGUCCUCCGAAGAUCCACUGGAUGGACUUCACAAUGGUACAUAUUAAUCAGAGUGACCGAGUAAUGACUGGGCUGGAUGGAAACCUGUACUUUUCCAACCUGCUGAGUAGUGACAGUAGAGACGACUACAUCUGCAACGCUCAGUAUCCAGCUGCCUUGACAAUCCUCACGGUGACGGCUGUCCGUCUCUCAGUUCUCCCAAAUAAUGAUGUCGUUCCCGGCAGGAAAACUGCACUGUUCCGUCCCGCUGGAUUGCAGUCCUCCAUCCUAGCCCUCAAGGGCCAGAACAUCACUCUAGAAUGUAUUCCCAAAGGCCUACCCACCCCUGUGGUUGAGUGGAGGAAGAAGGACGGCACCCUGAAGGACGUGAGCAGCCGACUGAUGAACCACAACCGCUGGCUUCACUUUGGUAACAUCAGCCAGGAGGAUGACGGGGAAUAUGAAUGUAAAGCCUCCAACAGUUUUGGUUUCGCCACACACACUUUUACCGUCACAGUGGAAGCGGCUCCUUACUGGGUGAAAGAGCCCCAGAACCACAUGUAUUCUCCAGGAGAAACCGUUCGCCUCGACUGUCUGGCUGAUGGCAGCCCCGCCCCCAGCAUAACCUGGAGCAUCAAUGGCCAACCGCUGGCAGAGGUGGACGAGGACGCCCGUCGGAGUAUAACCGGCAGCUCACUGAUUCUGAGGGACGUGAGAGUCUCUGACACGGCUGUGUAUCAGUGUGAAGCCACCAACAGGCAUGGGUCUAUCCUGCUCAAUAUCAACCUGUUUGUUGUGGAGCUCCCGCCUCAGAUCCUCUCAUCUGAUGGGGUGGUGUACCGAGUCAUUGAGGGCGCUGACGUCAACCUGCACUGCGAGUCUUUUGGCUCUCCUCGACCUCAUACCACAUGGGCACGGGGGGAUAUGGUUUCUCUGCUUUUGGAUGCAAGGGCUUCACUUUUCACCAACGGGACUAUUAGGUUGUCCGGUGUGAGCCGGGAAGACAGUGGAACGUACACGUGUUCUGUUACACACACGAACAUCUCCAUCACUGCCAACCUAGAGGUUUUCAACCAAACCAUAAUCUCUGAGGGCCCCAAGGACAUCCGUGUUCUGGAAGGAACGACAGCCUUCCUGGACUGUGAUUUCUACAAAGAUCCUCGACUUCUCGAUUCUCACCUCGUAUGGAAGAGAGAUGGAGUCGAACUGCAGGAGUCAUUGCCAGACUACAGGUAUAAAAUCUUUGAGAACGGCACCCUGAAAAUGACAAAACUGCAUUUAAACGACAGUGCCGACUACUCCUGUGAGGUCAGCACUCUUCUGGACCAUGUCACUGCCAAGGGCUCCAUCACUGUUUUAGUGCCACCGCACUCCCCCAGGUCUUUAUCUGUGUCUGGGGUCGGGGCCAGCAGGGUCAUUCUCAGAUGGGUAGCAGGACCCUCACACAACAGUCCCAUCACAGAGUUCAUUGUGGAGGCAGAGGAGAAACUUCACACUGGAGAGGGGAAGGCCAUUUGGAAGAAGUGGGAAAGAGUUUCUGGAAGUCACACCCAAACACAGCUCACUCUGCGCCCGUUCUGCACAUACCGGUUCCGGAUCAUUGCUGUUAAUGAAAUUGGGGAAAGCAGGCCAAGUGAACCCACAGAGGACCAUGUUACACCACCAGCAGUUCCUGACAAAAACCCCACUGAUGUGAGAAGCGACUCCAGAGACUCUGGAACUCUUAGCAUUACAUGGACUAAAGUUGAGAAGCGCUUCCACAAUGGCGACAGUUUCCACUAUAGGGUCUUUUGGCGAGAAGCUGAGGGGGCAGGAACAGAAACAAACUGGAAACACGAAGAUGUCUCAUCUCCACCGUUCCUGGUCGUAAACACAAGUACCUACAAGCGGUUUGAGAUCAAAGUCCAGGCCCUUAACUCCAUCGGAAAAGGACCGGAGCCAGAGACGAGGAUUGGAUACUCUGCAGAGGAAAAACCUGAAGAUUCACCCACUGAGGUUUCAACUGUCGUAAAGAACUGCACAGUGGCAGUGAGAUGGAGGCCACCAAAGAGGGUCCGAGGUCUGCUUAAGGGGUUCAAGAUCUAUUUCAGGAGUUUGGGUCCCCGGAGUUCUGAGAGCCAGAGGUCUUCAGGCAAACACCACCAUGUGGUGCGAAGAGAAAAACCAGAGAGAGGAAACCACAAAGACAAGAAGAGCUGGGAGCUGGAGGUAGAGGGGGCGGACACGUCAAAGGAAGUUGACGGUCUGCGCUGGUACUGGCGGUAUGAGCUGUCGGUCACGGCAUUCAACAGCAAAGGGGAGGGGCCUCCCUCGCCUCCACACCAUUUUCAGACCCCAGAGGGAGUUCCUGGUCCUCCUGCCGCUCUGUGGUUCAAAAGUCCUACAGACACAACUCUAGUUCUGCACUGGAGUCCUCCGCUGGAUGCCAACGGCGUACUGGUUGGAUAUAUGGUUCAGUACAAGGAAGAGAGUCAAGACAGUCCGAUGCGGAUGCAGAUGAUCCACGAUCCCUCGGUGAAUCACAUAAGGUUGAAGGAUCUGAACCCCAGCAGUUAUUACAGGUUUAAAGUCAUAGCACAAACGGUGAUUGGGGCUGGAGAGCCCAUCAAGGCCAGGCUGGCCACUCUACUUGAAGGAGUUCCUCCAUCAAAUGUUACUGUUGAUCCCAGUAACACAUCCUUUAAUCUGAGCUGGACACCUGGAGAGCGGAACAGGAACCACGGGUUUCACAUCUACUACAUGAAGAAGAAUGGAGCAGCAAGUAUUCAGUGGGAGGAGUCGGAGAUGGUCAACUCCACUCAGGGCUUCUACUCCCUGACGGGCCUCCAACCAGGAACACAGUAUCAUCUCAAGAUCAUGAAAGGGAACGACACUCAGUGGGAAGAUGUUCUGUGGACUAUUGGACCAGUGCCGUCAGAGAUGCCCGGGGGCGUGGCCUGGCUGACUGGACUCAUCAGUGCCAUCGUGCUGCUCGUUCUCAUCCUGCUCAUCUUCUGCCUCGUCAAGCGCAGAAAAGGAGGCAAAUACGCAGUUAAGGUCAAAGAAGAGAAGGAGGUGGACUAUGAGGCUCGGCCCAUGAAAGAUGAAACCUUUGGAGAAUACAGAUCGCUGGAGAGUGACGGAGAUGAGAAGCGCUCAGACAGCCAGCCGUCUAUUUGUGACGACAGCAAACUGGGGAGCGUGGACUCUCUGGCCGAGUACGGAGACAGUGUGGAUAUUCAGUUCAACGAGGAUGGCUCCUUCAUUGGCCAGUACAGCGGGCGAGCAGCCCCCCCUCACGGCUUCAAAGGCUCCGAUCCGACCUCGCCCGUCGAUGCUGCUCCGCCUCUUCCUAUCGUUCCAUCCAUGUCGAGCAUCCUCAACCGGCCCAGCUAGACACACGACCCGGAACCAACAACACCACUGCCUGGAUUUCAGUGAAAUAAUUAACUGUAGGAAUAUAUUUACGGGAAUUUGUGGUCUUUGACUUUUCUGCAUCCUUCAAUGUUUCAGAAUGUACCGGUCCUGCUCUUGACUGCAACUCCAAACCAUUUCUCACAUGAUCAUUUGUAAUCAAAAAUAAGUGGUUUUUGGAGGAAGAUGGGAAAGUUACCAGCUAAUACCUCAGACAAACAACCUUAUCGUAAAGCCAAUAGGGAGCAAUUAAAAACUCCUUUAAACAAGGAAGAUCGUAAGUUUACUAGACGGCCCUGAAAAGGUGGUUCUGUCUUAUGUUCGUGCAUUAACUGACAGAUGAAUCAACAAAAACAUGGUUGUCUGCCAGGCAUUCCUAUCUUAAUCAUAUCAAACACAACUAAGCAGUGAACUAGUCAUCAUUGGUAACUAGAGGAAUUCCCUACAUGAGACUAGACAUCCUGUUCUGGGUGAAUGGAUGUAAAACAACAGAUUCCUAAACGAGUUCUCUUGACAGGAGCUUGUUAUUUAGGGUUUGUUACCAAUGAAACAGACCACUGCUCCUUCAGGCCUGAAUGCCUGGAACAUUUCCUGUUUGGCUCAUUGGUAGAUGAACUAGCAGUACCUGGGGACUAUUGGUACCUUGGAACCAGUGGUGUCACUACUGCGCAAAAAAGCUGUAAAUCUUUAAGUGGACGAGCAAGUCACCUCAAAAAUGUUUUAGGCCAAGUCGAUAACUUUAUAUUCAGGGACGGCGGCCCACACAGAACUCUAAAGCUGACAUGGAAGGAGGCCUAUGUAGUCGUGUAGAUCAGGGAUAGGCGACUCCAGGCCUCGAGGGCCGCAGUGUCUGCAUGAUUUCCUGACAUCCAAGCCCUACUCAUGACUGAUUACUUGGUUCAGGUGUGUCCAGCUAAUUAGAGCAUGUCAGGGCAGGGUAUGUUGGAAAACAUGCAGGAAUACGGCCCUCGAGGCCUGGAGUUGCCUAUCCCUGGAGUAGAGGCUAGGUCCUAGUAGCAAAGGAACCUCGGCAGGGCAGGAGGGGGAUAGAGAGCCAAAAUGUUGUGAUUCUCAGAGUGUAAAUACAAUAUUGCUAUUGCCACUUUUUGAUUUUAUUGUACGUCUUUUUUCAUAAGAUAACCAAAUUGUAUUUUCUUUUGGAUACUUUGGAUGUGUCCUGAAGUUGGCCUUUGCGUUGUACGCCGGACCUCAAAAGUAUCCCGUCAUGUGUCACUUCGUAGUUAGCAGGUCGUCACAGAGAACUAGAAUCAGACGCCAGUUUUGCUCUGGGUUUAUCCGUAGUGAUUAGAAAACAAAUGAAUGAUGAUUUCGGAGUUUCUGUCUCUUCUUGUAAAUGUGCACAGUCAUACAUACCUAGAAAUAAUGGAGGUUUGUACAUCUGUAACCUGCAAAAGCUAAGCAUUAUAAACCAAACUAAAGCAAAAUGUAAAUGUUCUGUUGGAUGCAGUCUCCAGCCAACUCCUUUUAUUUAGGAUAAAAGUUGCAUUUGUCCUAACUCUGUUAUGUAACUAAUAACUCGGUUAUGUAACUAACCUUGCCAGACUGUCAACGAAUGAAUAAACACUAACACUGGAUAGAGCA